GAUUCUUGCCGAUAGUCAGGAAGAAUGUUCCAUGAUGGGUACUUAUAAGGAUGAUACUGCCGAUUCACUAUGUCCUCCUAGAGUUCGUGCAAUGUUGGCAUUACGUGCCUGCAAAUCAUCUAUUGUUAUUGGAGAUCCACUUGGGAGAAAUGAGAUGCAAAAGAUACUUGAAAAUCUAUCACGACUCAAGUCUCCGUGGAAUUGUCCACAUGGUAGACCAACAAUGCGUCACUUGGUUGAUCUGAGGACUGUACAUAGAAGAAUAGAAGCAGAUGAGAAUGAGACCGCCUUAUAAACUCCAGUUGGUAACACAACCACCAAACUGAAGCGGGUACUUCUUUCUAUAAAUUAUUGGAAACAUGUAAAUCAAGGCUGCAUUUUGCCUAGAAUUAUCAAAAUGUCGAGGAAUUAAUUGAGAACACAGAAAGGGGUCUUUUGCUUUCCAUCUACUUCGUUUUAUACGUUCCUUUUUUUCGUUUUUGUUUAAAGAGCGAUCUUUAGUA